AUGGAUCCGCUCUGGUAUGUCGGCAAUAAUAUAUCCUUAAGUUCAUCAAACAUACCGGCACUUGAAGCCCUAAGUUUCUGGCCCUAUCAGGUACUACUCAUUGGUCUCUAUUCAACUACUGCCCUGAUAUCCCUGAGCUUCAAUGUGGUAACCAUACUCGUACUGGUCAAAGGUGAUCGGCUAUCAUCGGAAUUAUGGAAAUUCCUGGUCAAUCUAUCGGCAGCCGACAUAACAAUGGCCACAUUUAGCAUACCGUUUACCUAUACAGGCUUUAUGUUAGGCCGUUGGAUAUUUCCGACGUUUCUCUGUCCGAUUGUCCAGUUUGUACAGUUGUUGUCGGUGUUUGUAUCGGUUUGGACACUGACUGCCAUCGGGUUUGACAGAUAUUUUGCAAUUGUCUAUCCGUUUCGGUCAUUACUAUGGCUAAGGCGACACAAAUUGUUGGCAAUCAGUAUGAUAUGGUUAGUCGGGUCGACACUGGCCUCGUCACAGUUGGUCAAAUCGAAAGCCGAACCGUUUCCCUACCGAAACCAUGUCUACUAUGACUGUCGGGAGGAUUGGGACGAAACGGCCGGCCGAUUCUAUACGGUAUCAGUAUUUAUGGCCACUUUUCUCGUACCGAUAGUGGCCCUGACUUUUGUCUAUACGAAAAUCGGUGUCCAUAUUGUCAGGCAUGCGAUGCCGGGUAAUCCCGACCGUAAUCGCGAUGUCGUACGAGUUAAUCGCAAAAUUAAGGUAAUCAAAAUGUUGUCGACAGUUGUCCUAUUAUUUGCCGUAUGUUGGCUACCGAUACAUAUAUUUUCAUUGGUUGUCUACUUUUAUCCGGCAAUAUUGAACAUACGUACCAAAUACGGGUACAAUAUCUAUGUGUUUACCUAUUUUUUCUGCCAUUGGAUAUCACAGUUUCAUUCAUUGGUUAAUCCGGUUGUCUAUUGUUUUAUGAGCGAUAACUUUCGGAAUAGUCUGCGAUCAUUGAUUCAGACGUUUUUCAAUAGACUCAAGACUUGCGAAACUAAUCCAAACACCGGUGACAACAACGACAACCACAACAACAACCGCAACGACAAUCGCAAACGUCUGGCCAAUGAUGACGACGACGACGACGACGACGGCUGUACUGAUGGCUGUUAUCUAACACAGGAUCAGAGUCUGUCAUCAUAUGCUAUAGUCGUCAGCAAUAGUAACAGAGUUAUCACUGAUCUGAUCCCAAUCUCAAACAACAAUGUUAUUAUCAAUGAUGAAGACUAUCUGUAA